AUGUCCGUUCCGCCUCUUAUCAGAUGCACCGGUGUCCGAUCACCGUAUGCCAAGGCCAUCUGCGGGGUCUACGAGUACAUCGGAGCUCACAAUGGUCGACCGUGCUACCGCCAGACCGGGGUCUCCAGUGGCAAUUUCGUUUGGUAUUGCCAGGAUGCCCUGGAAGGGCCAAUGUGGGUUGUGACUCACAAUGCAGAGCGGCCAGGGGAGGCGCCUGAGAGUGCUGUAGCUCGGGCACAGCAUGGUGGUCGAUGGCCUUGGGAGGUGGGGCUCUGGCAAGUCUGCGGGCGCAACGACGCGUUCACGGACCAGCCGAAAAUGGAGUUCUGCCUUGUGGUUCCAUCACCUGAACUCAUUGUCCAGGCACCGGCCAUGGAUGGCACGGCCACAUCCUGUGGUUUCCGACGCUCCGGCGUCGUACAUGGGCGCGUGGCCUUUCGAAGGACGGGCGACACGAAUGAUCCCGGCAUCAUCAGCUUGUGGAUCUUCUGGAUGCCAACACAGUGCCGCUGGCUUCUUGCGAACGUGAAGCCUGGUGGCACUGGAGUGCAAAGUGUGGUGGCAAGGAGUUUGCCGGAUGACGGAUCAACAUGGGCAUCUUUAUGGCCCUGGGAGGUCGAACCCGAAGGCUGGGAAUCGCCGACUGCCGAUACCAUCGGCUUGGAAGAUGCGGACGCCGUGUGGGUGCCCAAUCGAGACAUCCAAGUUCGCUUGGCGAGCCCUGGGAUCGUCAUUGGCACAGCAGAGGAUUGGGAAGCACCUCCCGUGAUCAUAUGUGGGUUUUACGAGCCUAGGGGCAUGGCAAACGGCCGUGUCUAUUACGUCAUGGUUCCUGAGGAUAUCUCCUUGGAAACCAGCACCGGUCCAAUGUGCUUGUGGUUUGCAGAGGAUCGUGGUCAGUGGGUGGUCACAGCACCCGAACUGCUGGGCGAUUCCAGCGCAGUGCUGGCAAGGAUCGCGUCCCGAGCUUGGUGGCCAUGGGAGGCACACUUGGGCAGCAACACGUCAGCUGCGGCUCUUGGGUCUGCACCUUUUGCUACGAUGCCUCCCUGGCACGGUGGCGCCGCUCUAUUACGAGGAGCUCGCGUAAAUUGGGAGGUAGCAACUCCGGAGCAAACGUUUCGAGAGGCUCGUAACAUGAUCGUGGAGAUGGAGUGUCCGUACCAGGCCCAGGUCUGGGCGCACCGUGAUUCCGCCCAUGCCUUCGUGGGCACCUACGAGCGCUGUGGCUUGCUGGCCUCGCGCCCGUAUUUCAUUCAGACCAAGGCUUCGGCGAAGGAUGCCCAGCGCAGGGCGGAGACGGAGCGUUUGGAUGGUGAGGUGCCCCGCUAUGUCCUGUGGUAUGGCGAGGACACAGAACAGUGGGUUAUCACUGAGGAGUUUCGCCUCUUGGAUGAGCUUGUGGUGGAUGCCCGCUGCAAGGACAGCGCUUGGAUGCCGUGGCAGGUGUCAACAAACUGGGAGGUGUCAGAUGGAGAUCGCGGGUUUGUCGAAGACAUCUACAUCAGGGUGGAGGAGAUGAUGUCCGGCCUGGAGAUGUCCUGA